AGGUUAGGUGCCUGCAAAUGCAUGCAUUAAGGCUGCGAUAUCAGUUAACAUGAUUUCUAUCUGACAGACCAUAAGAACAAUAAGACAUCUAUGUUACACAAUGGGUUUGACACAAAGUUUCGUGGCUCCGGAGGGCGGAACUGGGGGAUAUCACGUUCAUGGGGUUCAAGAAAACUCACCAGCAGAGAAAGCAGGGUUGGAACCAUUUUUUGAUUUCAUUUUAUCUAUUGGGCACACAAGGCUGAAUAAAGAGAAUGACACUCUGAAAGAUCUCCUGAAAGCCAAUGUGGAGAAGCCAGUGAAGCUGGAGGUGUACAGCUCCAAAGCCAUGAAGAUCAGAGAGCUGGAGGUCAUUCCCAGCAACAUGUGGGGGGGUCAAGGUUUAUUGGGAGCCAGUGUUCGCUUCUGCAGCUACCAGGGAGCUAAUGAAAGCGUCUGGCAUGUCUUGGACGUGGAGCCUAAUUCACCUGCUGCUUUGGCUGGCUUACAGGCACACCAUGACUUCAUUAUUGGAGCGGAUCAGAUUUUGCAAGAUUCAGAGGACUUUUUCUCCCUGAUUGAAGCCCAUGAAGGGAAACCACUGAAGCUGCUGGUGUACAACACACAGACUGAUGUGUGCAGGGAGGUAGUUGUCACCCCCAAUGGUGCAUGGGGAGGAGAAGGCAGCUUAGGUUGUGGUAUUGGGUAUGGCUACCUGCAUCGAAUUCCCUCACGGCCCCCUAAGGUCAACACAAGUGUGAACUCACCCACUCCCCUUGAAUCCACAGAAAACACCACAGAACAGAUGUCACUUACAGACAACACUGAGCUAUCCUCUAACAGUGCAUUAGAUAAAUCGGGCCAAAGUGAAGUGAGCUUGUAUGUUAGGGAAACACCUGGUCAUGAUUCUGAACGGUUGCCUGCCCCGCCCACUCUUGGUCAAAGAGAAAAGGAUCUAGGUCUCUCGGACCUGUCGGAGACUUCAGUCACAGACCUCUCUGAGACCACAGACAGGCUUGACUCCGUCUCAUCCAUAGACAUGACAAACACCUCCCUCGUUGUGGAUGAUGGUGGAGUCUUCAGCAGUGAGAACAGGUCCAGUGCUGAUUCUGGCGACAGCACCGUAAUGAUAACUUUAUCAGACAUCCAGAGGGAAGAAUCUGGGAUCCAUGAAGCUGAAAUGGGCUUUCCUCACUCCCACAAUGCACCCACAGAUGACAGUCUCACCUCUGAAGUCAUUCCCCCCAACCUCGGCGCCGUCUCCUCAGAGCACACUACAUACACAGAGGUACCAAACAGUGACACUUCAGCUGGUGAACAGUCUACUGCAAUGGAGAGAACUUCUCCGUGAAGGCGACUGACCCUGGACAUGACUACUGUGAUUAGAUGGACCUGAAGAAGAUUACCAAGGCUUUAUACUUAAGAAUAACUUGAAGACAGAAUGUAUAACAUAUUUAAAUGAUGGUAUGGGUUGGUACAGGUAUAUUCUCACAGUCAUACCCGGACUUUUAGACAGUUCACUACGAUGAAUGGUGAACAUAGGCCCAAGGCCAGUGAUAGCAGACGUGCACAUUUCAGCUACAGGUGGACAAGUACGUACGUUGGUCUACAGUGCAGUCUUUUAAUCAAAACCCUGAAGAGGCAGCAGAGAUGAACCAAAUCAACACACCACCUCUAUUAAAGCCUGAUAUUAAAAAUGGAUGUAGUGUCAGUUCACACUUGAUUAAUGCAAAUCUAUUUAUGCAUAGAACUGUAUAAACUGUUGUAUUCAUACAAAUGUAUUGUGUGAAAUGACUGAGAAAAUUUAACAACUUUAAAGAUAUCUGUAUGAUUCACAGCAUCAGUGCAGAUCUCAGCUUGCAAACAAUUCAAGAUGGCAUCUGUGCAUAUGUAUAGUGCUGUAUAGUGGAAGUUCUUUAACUUGCCAGCGCUGUGUUUUGUGCACCCCUCUGCCGGAGCAUUAUAAGUUAAUGGGAUGUUCUGAGAUUUUGUUUUUGAAAUACUGUAACAAUGACCUGCUGAAUGUCUCUGGAGGUGACUAAAUGGUGCUAAAAAACAGGUAGUAUGGGGUACACUGGGCUAUUCUAUUUUUUUCCCUUUUUUUUUUCAAAGCUGAGACAUAAUUAUGCAACUUGCAUACAUUUCAAUAAUAGACUACUAUUUAAAGCAAAAUAGAAACCCCCAAAAAUGGAUCUAAAGGGUUACAUAAAUAUGUAUAAUGUAUGCAGAUAAAUGAAACACAAUAUCUCAGAGGAAAAUGUUUAGUGGAACAAGCCACACAGUCCUAGUACUUGAGCCUCUCUCUCAUUUUUUCACAAUCAUUAAAUGCUGGUGAUACAUCUGCUUUUCAGGUUUCACACUGAUUUACAUAAAUGUAACCGUACAACUGAUUGUAUAAUUUUCGGUCAGCUUGGAUGAGUGGCAUUCCAUCUUUCAUUUUGCCUGGGACACUCGGAUUCUGUGAAAUGACCUGAUUUAAUCAUUUAUUCCCCCUCUCUUCCUUU